GUGGCGGCGGCGAAGAUCCACGAGAUCCUCAUGCCGAAGCUCAGCGCCACCAUGACCGAGGGCAAGGUCGUCGAGUGGACGAAGGCCGAAGGGGACAAGGUCAAGAAAGGGGAUAUCGUCGCGGUUGUGGAGUCGGACAAGGCGGACAUGGAUGUGGAAGUGUUCUACGAUGGAUAUUUGGCUCGCAUUGUGGUGGAAAGUGGCAGUUCUGCGGCGAUCAACGAGUUGAUCGCGUUGCUCGCAGAGAACGAGGAGGAUAUUGCCGAGGCGAGGAGAAAAUCGAUUGGAUUGUCAUCUCCAAUAUCUCCAGCUCCAGCUGUGGAAGCUCCUAAAGUCGAAUUUCCCGACGCGCUUCCAGGGGUGGUGGCGGAGGAGAAAUCUCUCGUCGCAACUCCUCAUGCGAAGAAGUUGGCCAAACAAUACAAGGCCGACCUCUCCAAGAUCUCCGGAACUGGGCCGCAUGGACGGAUCGUCCCAGCUGACGUCGAGGUAUUUGCUGGAAAGCCAGUGACGAGCCUGGGCAGUGAUGGAGCUCUAGUGGCAAAUCCAUCUCCAUCUUCGGGAAAAGCUGAAGCUCCUCCUCGAAUGGAUUUCACCGUGCCUUUCACAGGCAUGCAGGCAGCAGUGUCCAAAAACAUGGUGGAGAGUUUGUCCGUGCCAACUUUCCGGGUCGGGUGUUCCAUCUCGACAACUGGGAUUGAUGCUCUCUACAGAAAGAUCAAAUCCAAGGGGGUCAGCAUGUCAGUUCUUUUGGCAAAAGCAGCUGCUUUGGCGCUUGCCCGGCAUCCUGUCGUAAACGCAAGUUGCAAGGAAGGCAAGAGUUUCUGUCACAACAGCAACAUCAACAUCGCUGUUGCCGUGGCUAUCGAUGGAGGCCUUAUAACUCCAGUGCUCCAGAAUGCGGACAAGGCUGAUGUCUACACCCUUGCUCGAAAGUGGAAGGAGCUUGUGGACAAGGCUCGUGCCAAACAGCUGCAACCCCAGGAGUACACCACAGGAACUUUUACAAUAUCAAACCUGGGGAUGUUUGGCGUGGAUCGAUUUGACGCUAUACUUCCACCUGGCCAAGGCGCGAUUAUGGCUGUCGGUGCAGCCAAACCAACUCUUGUGGCAAGCGAGGGUCGCGUGUUUAGUGUUAAGAACCAGAUGCAGGUGAAUGUGACUGCGGAUCAUCGGAUUAUCGAUGGCGCGGACUUGGCAUCGUUCCUCGAUACAUUCUCCAAAAUCGUUGAGAAUGCAAUGGAGCUGACGCUGUGA